AUGCAUCAAGCGUCUAUAAGUGGGAACAAAAGGGUUGUAUUAAACCACAACAUGUGUUUCUCCAAAGAUAAUCUUGAUGUUGUUAGUUCACGGUUGCUGUCUGAAAAUUACCAAGACGACCUUUUGAUCCCGGGAUUGUCUGAUGACGUGGCGAAGCUGUGUCUGGCGCUGGUUCCGCGUGCUAGCUUCCCUUCCAUGGGACGUGUAUGCAAGAAAUGGAGAUAUGUUGUCAAGAGCAAAGAGUUUAUUACUGUGAGAAGACUCGCCGGUAUGCUUGAGGAGUGGCUCUAUGUCUUGACAACGAACGCUGGAGGGAAAGAUAGCCACUGGGAGGUGAUGAACUGUCAGGGACAUAAACUAUCAUCUCUUCCACCUAUGCCUGGUCCUGUUAAAACAGGGUUUAAGGUUGUUGUGGUUGAUGGGAAGCUUCUUGUUGUUGCUGGUUGCGCUUUGAUCAACGGUUCUCUUGUUGCAUCUUCUGAUAUUUAUCAGUUUGAUACUUGCCUCAACAGCUGGAGUAAACUAGAAGAACUCAAGGAAGCUCGCUAUGACUUUGCUUGUGCUGAGGUGAAUGGGCUUGUUUAUGUGGUGGGAGGUCACGGUGUUGAUGGAGAGAGUCUGUCGAGUGCAGAGGUGUAUGAUCCAGAGACGGGUGUAUGGACUUUCAUAGAGUCUCUGCGGCGUCCGAGGUGGGGAUGUUUCGCUAGCAGCUUCAACGGGAAGCUCUACGUGAUGGGUGGGAGAUCUAACUUUAGUAUUGGUAACUCAAAACUUGUUGAUGUGUAUAACCCUCAGUGUGGGUCCUGGUGUGGCAACAAAAACGGUUUAACUAUGGUGACAGCUCAUGUUGAAGUAGGAAAAAAGCUGUUCUGUAUUGAUUGGAAGAACCAGAGGAAGAUGUCAGUGUUCAAUGCAGAAGAUGAAACUUGGGAAGUGGUUGCUCUUCCACUUUCAGGAAGCUCCAGGGCAGGGUUCCAGUUUGGUAAGCUGAGUGGGAAGGUUCUGCUUUUCUCAUCUCAGGAAGGGACCGGGCACAGCACUUUACUGUAUGACCCGGUUGCUGCACCAGGCAAGCAGUGGAAAACAUCUGAGAUAAAACUGUCUGGUUCUUGUGUAUGCAGCGUUACAAUCACAGCCUGA